AAACGGUUCUGAUGGCAGUCACACUUCCUACGUUGAUUCAAUUGUUGGCUGAUCCACCGCUAGAGAAAUAUAUGUCCUCUUCAGAAGAAAACCUUUCUCCACACACACUUCCGCCACUACACACAUUGUCUAUUAGGCAUAUUCUAUCACUUGCAGGACUGCAACCUCAAAAUUUCAGGGAUGCAGUAGCAGUACUGUUACCUGAACCUAAGGCUAAAUUGGAAGCAGCAGUUCGAUUUAAUGUUUUGCAGCAGCAACAACAACAACAAAGGCUACAAGAAGAAAGAGACAGGAGGUAUAACGAAAGGAUUGAAUUAAAUAAAGGACCCAGCAUAUCUUUAAAGAGUGAUUUUUCCGGAUUUGCCUAA